UGACCACCUAAGGCGACCCGGUCAGGGUCGCAGGAACCGAUUGUCCCACCCGAAUCUGCACAUCACCCCAGUGAAAGCACAACCGCAGUCGCAGUCGAGCAUCGAGUCCCAGGACUCGGGCACGUACGAAGAUGGCCUGUUUUCAAAGAAGUUUGUGGAAAGGAAAUGCACAGGGAAUAUCUAGAUUUCAAAGAAUUGUUACUAGCACGAAUAAAAUGCAGGAAAGAAGUGCAGCAUUGUUUGCGACAAAUGAGCAAAAAAUACUACAUCGAUUAUUAUCAAUGCCUGCAAGAACUUGUAUUGUCCAACCGAUUCAGCGGUUUUCAUUCUUGGUUCCAUUGCAUAAAGAUAAUCGUCAAUGAGGAAGAGCUUAAUCUGUUACUUCAUCCAAAUGAGACAACACAUCAUUUGAACUAUUAUUUACUUGUGGAUGAUUAACAAGUUUUUUAUCUGAACACUCACAAAAUGGACGUAAUAAGGACCUGACAAAUAUUUAUUACGCUAAAGAGCUUCCGUCAUAUCUGAAGCAUCGUCAUUUAAAACACGUGUGGCAAGAAUUCAUAAAUCGCCCUGCUGACCAGCAGCUACUGGAAGAGGUAGCAACUUUUAGUGCACAGUGGUUUCAGCCGGAAAAAAAUGUCUCCUAUUCGCAUAUUGAAAGGGAGCUGGAUAAAAUCGCACAACUGAUAAUGGAAGAUCUUAAACGGGUGAAUCCCAUACAUCCGAUAUUCUCGGCAUCGUGUGAACAAUUCUCGUUUAGGAAAUACCAUACUGUCGAAGAAAAUCACUGGGACAAGAGCGACGGAAUCCAGAUUCUAGAUAGCCUUCGCAAGAUAUUCUUUUCUGAACUAAACUUCCGUGCAGCUGCAUAUGAUAAUCCAAAAUUCUUCAGAGAAUAUCUAUUGAUAAAUUACGUCUUAGAAGAGAAAGUUGGCAAAGCAAUAAUGCUGGCAAUCAUGUUCCAGAGUGUUGCAAGAAGACUUGGCAUACGCUGCGAUCUAUUAUCUUUUCCUGUAACUAUAGCUAGUAGUUGGAGCCAAACUUAUUUGUUAUUAAAAUGGCAAUCAAAAUGGAAUCUAGAUCCGGAUGAAUCCGAAGAAUGUUAUUAUAUCGAUGUCUUACGUGGUGAAACCGUUCUAGAUAAUAAUAGAAUUUGGGAGCUUGUGGAACCUAUCAUAAGUUCUGAUAGAUAUUGCAGAAUAGAUACCUUCGAGCUGCUGCUAGAAUUGAGUUACUAUUAUGUUAUAGCAGUAGGUUCUUUUUUGGAGACAUAUAUGACUAGAAAUUUUACUGGCGCCACAUACGUGAGUGAUAAACUUCGUUGGUUUUCGAGGCUCAUAGAGGUGAUAAAACAAGAGAAUGGAUACCUGAGCGUAAAGUCUUAUAUAAGAGACAAGGAAUAUAUAAUGAAAUUUAUGCAACGAGUGAAAAAGGUUGAAUCUGCUGGUAGAAGCAAUGGAAAGGGAUGUACCAAGUUAGUACGAGAUACAACUGGGAUGGUAUCUGUGAUAUGUGAAAAAGAAGAGUACAAACCAAAGAAGCGAACUGCUGGAAUAAAAUUCGCAGUUGGAAUGAUCGUGCGAAUUGUCACUUUGAAUAUGAAGGGAGUGAUAAUCAAAUGGGGGAUGAAAUUGAACUUGAGAGCCAAGGGAUCAAUUUUAUGCUACACGAUCCUUUGCGAAAACAAGAAGACAUAUUGUGUCCCCGAAAGAGAUUUAAGGCAAGCAGAUGUACCUGUGAUGAAUACCGAUGACAUAAUCGGCAUAUAUUUUUCUAAAUUCAAAGGUACUUGUUAUAUGCCAAAUGAGAUGUUGGCAAAUGAAUAUCCAGAUGACGUAUUAUAUUUAUUAAGACAUAUGAAUAACGAAUUGUAGCGACAGCUUUUCCUAUUAUUAACUGUUUAACCGCAAUAUAUAAUAAUCUAUUGUUAUAGUCUACAAAGUGCCAAACUUAAUUAUAAUAAAUUCAAUAAUUGUAUAUAA